CCCCCGGGACCCCCCGGGACCCCCCCCCGGGGACCCCCCCGGGACCCCCCCGGGACCCCCCGGGACCCCCGACCCCCGCCAUGGAGGACGUGACCCCCCCGGACCUGCUGCCCUUCCUGCUGCAGGGCUGGGACGCGCAGGAGGCGGGGGGGGCGGCGCCGUUCGUGGAGAUCCUGGAGCAGCCGAAGCAGCGCGGGAUGAGGUUCCGCUACAAGUGCGAGGGGCGCUCGGCCGGGAGCAUCCCCGGGGAGCACAGCAGCGAGAGCACGCGGACCCACCCCACCAUCCGCGUGAACAACUACCGGGGCCCGGGGCGGGUGCGGGUGUCGCUGGUGACCAAGGACCCCCCGCACCGCCCGCACCCCCACGAGCUGGUGGGCAAGGACUGCCGGGACGGCUUCUACGAGGCCGAGCUGAGCCCCGAGCGCAGCGUGCACAGUUUCCAGAAUUUGGGGAUUCAGUGCGUGAAGAAGCGCGAGCUGGAGGCGGCCGUGGCCGAGCGGAUCCGCACCAACAACAACCCCUUCAACGUGCCGGCGGAGCAGCGCGGCGGCGAGUACGACCUGGCCGCGGUCAGGCUCUGCUUCCAGGUGUGGGUGAGGGGCCCGGGGGGGCUGCGGCCCCUCCCCCCCGUCCUGUCCCAGCCCAUCUACGACAACCGUGCCCCCAGCACGGCCGAGCUGCGCAUCUGCCGCGUCAACCGCAACUCCGGGAGCUGCCGCGGCGGGGACGAGAUCUUCCUGCUGUGCGACAAGGUCCAGAAAGAGGACAUCGAGGUGCGUUUCUCGGCCGAGGGCUGGGAGGCCAAGGGCUCCUUCGCGCAGGCCGACGUUCACCGCCAGGUCGCCAUCGUGUUCCGCACGCCGCCCUUCCGGGACCCCGCGCUGCGCGCCCCGGUCACCGUGCGCAUGGAGCUGCAGCGGCCCUCGGACCGCCAGCGCAGCGCGCCCGUGGACUUCCGCUACCUGCCCCACCAGGGGGACCUGCAGUGCAUCGAGGAGAAGCGCAAGCGGACGCGGGAAACCUUCCGCUCCUUCAUCCAGCGCAGCCCCCUGCCCGCUCCGGCGUCCAGCGAGGCGCGGCCCCCCCCGGCGCAUCGCGGUGCCCUCGAGACCCCCCCCGGCCCCCCCAGAACCCCCCCAGUGCGGCUCCCUCCUUCUCUUUCGGGGGUCCGGGGGGGCUCCUGGGGGUCCCGGCCCCCCCCGAGGCCGAGCCUCUGUCGGAGGCGCUGCUGCAGCUGCAAUUUGAGGAGGGGUCCCCCCAAAUGGCGGCGGGGGGCGGCGUGGCCCCCCCGUUUGGAUUUCGGGGCGCUCCUGGGGGACUCCCCCUUCCCCCCCCUGGACCCCAUCAACGCCUCCGAGGUCCAGCGGCCUGCUGGACCCCCCCGAGCCCCCCCCGAGCUUCGGGGACCCCUCCCCAGAUUUCGGGGGGGCGGUGGCGGAGCCGCCCCCCCCCCACCCCCGGAUUUCGGGGCCCCCCCCAUGCUGAUGUCGUACCCCGAGGCCAUCGCCCGCCUGGUGCAGAGCCAGCCCCCCGGGGCGCCCCCCGAAUUGGGGCUGGGGGUGAGCUGGGGGGGGCCCGAGGACUCGCUGCCCUCCCUGGGGGAGCUGGACUUGAGCGCCUUCCUCAGCCAGUUCCCCUCCUCCUGACUGGGAGCCACUGGGACCGACUGGGAGGGGCUGGGG